AGUUCUCAUAAAUUUCCCAUCCAGAAUUCAAGAUGAAGAUCCUGGUUCUUCUUCUGAUGCUGACAACAUGUGCUGCAGAUCCUCAAGAUCUGUCUGGUAAAAUGUUCACCUUCCCACAAGAGGGUAACAAAGCUUAUGUGAGGCUGAACACAUCAAAACAGAAUUUCAAAGCUGUCACCGUCUGCCACAGAUCCUUCACUGACCUUGAGAGAGAUCACAGCAUUUUCUCACUGGCCACCCCUAAAAUUAGUAACGACUUCCUGAUUUUUUAUGGCUACAGCCGAAAUGGGAUUUUACCCAGUAUCAGGAAUCAUGGAUUGAAGUAUGGAAGGCUGGACUACAAACCCAACAUGUGGCACUCUAUUUGCACCACAUGGGACUCUGGGUCUGGACUGAUGCAGCUGUGGUUUAAUGGGCAGCCUUUGACAACGAAAUACAUCAGCGCUGGAGAGAUCAGUGGACGUCCUAUAAUUAUCUUAGGACAGGAGCAGGAUUCCUACGGUGGAAAGUUUGACACCGCACAGAGUUUUGUGGGGAGGAUGACAGAUGUCCACAUGUGGGACUAUGUCCUUUCAGCCUGUGAGAUCCAGAAGUAUAUGGAUGAGGAGAACUUCACCCCAGGCAAUGUGCUCAACUGGGCUUCGCUGGAUUUCCAAAUUGUGGACAGAGUUCUGAUAGAGAGUAAACAAAUGACAUGUUGCAAAAAAUCUGCACCAUGUUCAGCCAAAGAGAACAUCGGUUUGAUCUAGUUUAGGUGUAAACUAGAAGUUCUUUGACUCUUAAUGUCGUGUUUACUGAUUUGGUGUUAACUGAUUAUUAACUUAAUUAGGACACACAAUCAUUGACAGUUUUCAAUCACUUCAUUUAUGAACCUUUAAAAUCAUUUCCACAGUUUUUUUUUCCAUUGAAUCAGUACCAUCUUCUGCCCCCAAGAGGUAAAAUGUAGGAAUGCAGCUUAAAACAAAAGUUUGUGCUGUUAACGGGACACAACUUUGUGGUUAUUAUAUGUGAAUAUAAUAACAACAAUAAGAAGAAGGUGACGAAGAAGGGGAAGAAGAAAGUUCUCAUUGUAUAAUUUAUCCCUUCAUCUUUGAUAAUGAACCUCUCUCACUAUGAACCUUUGAUUCACUGUACAUUUUAUUUUGCAUUGUCUGAUGCAAUUUUGUAAUUGGGAAGGUUACUGUCAUUCACUGGCACACUGAUCUUCGAACAAAUACCAGGGUUACCAAUCAGUGCACUGGGGCUGGUGAAUAAAAUAAACUCUGUUCAAAAUGACACAUGAGAAGAUCAUUUUUGUUAAGCUUACUGGUUUCUGAUGUAACAGAGAUGCAUGAGACUGUAAUAAACUAUACUUCAGUAUAU